GCAGGACUGGCUCAAAUGCAUGAAUGCAAUUGUUUCAAAGUCGAAAUGAAACACAACAAAUCCACUCAAUUUGUGCGUGCCACUAAAAUGACAUCGUGCGACAAUUUAGAAGCAGACGUCGGAGACGCCCGCAAAUCAUUAGAGCACACGUUGAAGUAUCUCUCCGAAUCAAAUCACGAUCCCGUUGACAGACUACGCGGGAAGCGUUCCAGCGAGGAAGGCAUCAUUGGCAUUGGGGGAGGGAGCGGGAGUAGUCACCUUCAUCGGGGCAAGCAUCUUAACAAACAAGGAACGCCAUCGAAAUUUAAGGAAGGCGCAAUAAACAUGCCGCAAACACGCAUAAGGACUCCAGCCAUGCCCACUCGGUUGCAGUCCCCCCGUCGCAACGGCCUCUCGCCACGCGAAGAUGACGAUGACGAUGACGAUGACGAUGACGAUGACGUAGAGGAUGGGGAUGAGGAUGAGGAUGAGGUACGCAAAUUGCAGAUGGAGUUCGAGCACCAACUACAACAGGGGAAGGGUAACGGGGUCGGGAAUCGACGCAUCCAGGUGGGCGCACUUAAGCAACUGAACAGGCCCACCUACAGCUGCAGCUCGUGCGGCGCCAGAUUCCACAUUAAGUCGCUGUUGGGGGCGCAUCGGCGCAUCCACGACGACGAUUUCAAGGUGCGCUUCCGGGAACGUCGGAUGCGGGAGACCGUUAAGAGGGCCACAGCUAAAGUAGAUAACAAACAGUGCAAGUUCUGUGAUCGCAUUUUUGAUCUGGAGCGAGCGAUGCGCAUCCAUCAGCUGUGCCAUUGCACCAAGAUAACGCCGCAGCAGCGGCGCAAGCUCGGCUACACGGAUCUCGCCCACGAGAAGAAGAACGCCCCUCUGCCGUCGUUCCGGUGUCUGCCCAAGAGUCAAGUGUUGCCGCUGCAUCAACUUGUGGCUGAUCCGAGUAUGCCUUAUGUGGCACUCGGCCCGGAUGCGAUUAAAAUGAUUGAGCAGGAGCAGCAGCAGCAGCAGCAGCAGCUCCUCAAGGCCAGAAGGCGAACAACCAAAUACACCGUUAAAGUUGCUGGCCCCCUGGGCCGUUGGCGUUAACCACAAUAAAAACCACAACAACAACAACACAUCGGAUGAUAAACAUAUUUUUCGUGCAAUUGGAGUAGAUUGUUGGCGCUCAAAUUAACAGUUAACAGUAAACAGUUAACAGUCACACAAACCCUCAAAUCAUGAAAUCUUUAUUUGCAAUUGCAUGCAAACAAAUUAUGUUAUAAAAUUUCUGUGAUAAAAUAUUAAACGAUACACAAGCAUAUAAA